AUGGCGCUCACAGGUUUAGGAUUUGGUUUUCAUCGUGGAAACGAUGAUUACAAAGUUGUAAGGAUUGUUUAUCUUCAGGGAGGAAACGGAUUCAAUAAGGUUCCUCCAGAGGUUGAGCUUUAUGAGGUCAAAACUGGAUCAUGGAGAGAAUAUGGUGCUGUUGAUUCUUGGAUCAAGCUUUUCAGCAUAGAUUUACAGCAAGGAGUUAAUAGAGUGUUGGGUACCAGGAGAAAUGGUGAACUCCUUGUGUUUACAGAUCAUGGUAAUUUGGUUUCUUAUGACCCAGAUUUUGAACUGGUUAAAGAUGUUAGGGUUCAUGGGGACUCCUGUGUUGAUAUUACAGGUUAUGUAGAAAGCCUGGUUUUACUUUCUGGUGUAAAUAGAGUCUUAGGCUAUGAGGCAGCUUCAACAGGACAAGAUAAUGAUUGGAAUUUGGAAAUUUGA